AUGUCAAGCAUUCAAGUUCAGACUGCCGUCCUUCACGGCGCCAAGGACCUCAAAAUCGAACAAAGAGAACUCCCUGCGCUUGCGCCGGGCGAAGUCCAGAUCGCGAUUAAGGCCACGGGGCUCUGCGGCUCCGACCUGCACUACUUCACCCAUUUUCGCAACGGUGACAUCCUCGUACGGGAGCCGCUCACCCUCGGCCACGAGUCCAGCGGCGUCGUCACCGCCGUCGCCUCUGAUGUCUCCAACCUCGCCGCGGGCGACCGUGUCGCACUUGAGGUCGGUCAGCCAUGCGAGGCCUGUGACCUUUGCGCCAUGGGGCGGUAUAAUAUUUGCAAGGGCAUGAAGUUCCGCAGCUCUGCAAAGGCAUUUCCACAUGCCCAAGGGACUCUUCAGGAGCUAGUCAACCACCCGGCCAAGUGGUGCCACAAGCUCCCGGAGACCGUCUCUCUCGAGUUUGGCGCCCUCGCCGAGCCCCUCUCCGUCGCCAUGCACGCUCGUGACCGCGCAAGCCUACCCAGCGGCUCGACCGUGCUCGUCUUCGGCGCCGGCGCCGUGGGCCUGCUGUGUGCCGCUGUGAGCAAGGCCGACCAGCAGCGCGUUGUCAUAGCCGAUAUCCAGGCGGACCGCGUUCAGUUCGCGCUCGACAACGGCUUCGCCGACGCUGGCGUCGUCGUGCCGGCGCUGCGCCCGCAGACGAUUGAGGACAAGCUAUCCUAUGCCAAGGAUGUGGCCGAGCUGGUCAAGCAGGCCAAGAUUGGCGGCGAGGAGGUUGGCGAAUUGAAUGCGACGUACGAGUGUACUGGUGUUGAGACCUGUAUGCAGACGGCCAUUUUUUCCACUCGUCCGGGAGGAAAGAUUCUCAUUAUCGGCAUGGGCACGCCGAUCCAGACGCUGCCCAUUUCAGCCGCGGCAUUGCGCGAGGUCGACUUCAUCGGCGUCUUCCGCUACGCCAACACGUACCCCAAGGCGAUCGACUUGAUCGCGACGAAGCCUAAGGGCUUGCCAGCAUUGGAAAAGCUGUUCACACACCGCUACAAGGGGCUGAGCGCAAUCAAAGACGCUUUCGACAUGGCCGCCCAGGUGAAGGAUGAAAAUGGCAACCUGGUGCUGAAGGUUCUAGUAGAUACGUCAAGUUGA